AUGUUGUUUCAAAGCAAGAACAUCUGUUUAAUCUUCAGAAGGAGUAUCUCAGUCGCUGCGGCAUUUUCCUCAAAACCCAAUUCCCCUUUCAUCCAAGAUUCAGUUUUUCACAACACAGAACAGGUUUUAGCAUCGAAAAUAGCUUCAAUUUUGCAAUCUUGCACAAAUUCUACAGAAAAUCUUGGUUCUAUUCUUCGUAAAGGGGAGCAGGUUCAUGCCCAAGUAACUGUAAAUGGAAUCGACAACUUGGGUAUUCUUGGUACAAGAAUCCUGGGGAUGUAUGUUUUGUGUCACAGAUUUAUCGAUGCCAAGAAAUUGUUUUUUCAGCUUCAGUUGUGUUAUGCUUCCCCUUGGAAUUGGAUGAUUAGAGGGUAUACAAUAAUGGGUCGUUUUGAUCUUGCAAUCUUGUUGUUCUUUAAGAUGUUGGUUUUUGGUACUUGCCCUGAUAAAUACACUUUUCCUUGUGUGAUUAAGGCUUGUGCUGGUAUAAAUGCUGUGAAUUUAGGUAAAUGGCUACAUGGGUUAGUACAAAGUUUAGGUUUUGAGGAUGAUGUGUUUGUGGGUAGUGCUUUUAUUAAGUUUUAUGCUGAGAAUGGUUGUUUGGAUGAUGCUCGCCUUUUGUUCGAUAAAAUGUCUCAAAGGGAUAGUGUCUUGUGGAAUGUGAUGCUUAAUGGUUAUGCUAAAGAUGAACAGUCUGUGAAUGAUGUAGUUGGGUUAUUUAUGGAAAUGAGGAAAAGUGAAACUAAGCCUAAUUCAGUAACAUAUGCUUGUGUUCUUUCUGUUUGUGCCUCGGAAACGAUGGUUAAAUUUGGUUGUCAGCUUCAUGGGCUUGUUAUGCGAUGUGGGUUGGAAAUGGAUUCUCCAGUAGCCAAUACAUUGAUUGCAAUGUAUGCUAAAUUCUGUUCCUUAUUUGAUGCACGCAAGAUCUUUGAUUUAGUGCCACAAGCAGAUCGUGUGACUUGGAAUGGGAUGAUUGGAGGGUAUGUACAGAAUGGGUAUAUCGAUGAGGCGCUGGAUUUAUUUCGGGAAAUGGUAGCUAGCAGUGUCAAACCAGACUCUAUCACCUUUGCUAGUUUGCUCCCCUCUGUUUCUAUAUUGGAAGAUUUGUACCAGGGGAAGGCGAUUCAUGGCUAUAUCGUGAGACAUGAUGUAUCUAUUGAUGUGUUCUUAAAGAAUGCCAUUAUUGAUAUGUACUUCAAGUGCAGGAAUGUUGUGGCAGCACGCAACAUAUUUAGCUGCAGCCCUGCGGUGGAUGUUGUUAUUUGUACUGCUAUGAUUUCAGGAUUUAUUCUUAAUGCCAUGAGUUCUGAUGCCAUAGAUGUUUUCCGAUGGUUACUUAAUAAGAAGAUGAGGCCCAAUCCUGUUACUCUAGCAAGUACCUUACCAGCUUGUUCUGGUUUGGCUGCUUUGAGAUUAGGUAAGGAACUGCAUGGUGUCAUUGUUAAGCGCAGCUUUCAAGGAAUACUUUAUGUGGGAAGUGCGGUGAUGGACAUGUAUGCAAAGUGUGGAAGAUUGGAUCUUGCUCAACAAGUUUUCAGAAGGAUGUCUGAAAGAGAUGUUGUUUGUUGGAAUUCAAUGAUCACGAGUUGUUGCCAGAAUGCUGAACCGGAAUUGGCCAUUGACUUCUUCCAGCAGAUGGGUGCAGUUGGAGCCAAAUAUGAUUGUGUCAGCAUAUCCAGUGCUCUUUCUGCUUGUGCAAAUUUGCCAGCUCUCCAUUAUGGGAAAGAGAUCCAUGGCUUCAUUAUGAAAAGUGCAUUAAGUUCCGAUGUUUUUGUGGAAAGUGCAUUAAUAGAUAUGUAUGCUAAAUGUGGGAACUUGGAGGUAGCUUGGCGCGUAUUUGACUUAAUGGCGCACAAGAAUGAAGUAUCAUGGAAUAGUAUUAUUGCAGCUUAUGGAAAUCAUGGUCGACUUAAGGACUGUCUGAAUUUGUUUCAUGGAAUGAGAAAAGAUGGAUUCCAGCCUGACCACGUCACUUUUCUUGCGAUCAUAUCUGCUUGUGGCCACUCUGGUCGAGUUGAAGAGGGAAAACACUACUUCAAUUGCAUGACUAAGGAAUAUGGGAUUACACCCCGAACAGAGCAUUAUGCAUGCAUGGUUGACUUGUUUGGCAGAGCUGGUCUUGUGGAAGAAGCAUUUGGAGAGAUUAAGAGCAUGCCAUUUGCUCCAGAUGCAGGCAUUUGGGGGACAUUACUUGGGGCUUGUCGCUUACAUGGCAAUACCGAGCUUGCUGAAAUGGCUUCUGAGCAUCUAUUGUGCCUGGACCCCCAAAAUUCCGGCUACUAUAUGUUACAAUCAAAUCUACAUGCUAACGCCGGUAAAUGGGAUAUGGUUUCUAAAAUUCGUCUCAUGAUGAAGGAAAGAGGAGUGCAGAAAGUACCUGGUUACAGCUGGACUGAAGUUAACAAUAGCACUCAUAUAUUUGUUGCUGCAGACGCGAGUCACCCGCAGUCUGGUCAGAUAUAUCUUUUAUUAGACAAUCUUCUAAUGGAGCUGCAAAAUGAGGGUUAUGUUCCUCAAAUGAAUCUUCAAAUACAACACUCAUUAUCCCCAGAACUCUGAUUAAAUUCACUAUUAACCAACCACAAGAAUAGAGCUUAGCUAAGUGCACUGUAUCCACAAUUCAGGUAGCAUAGGCAUUUCAUCUUUGUGUUGCAGCAUUGAUUAAUUUAUAUUUGACCUUACAAAGGGAAUAAUGAUCUAAACAGAGAAAUGUAUCAUUUAUAGGAGUAUUUU